GAGGAAGAGUGCACAUCCUGCUGAUAGAGAGCAUCUAUGAAGCCUUUCUUUUCCUCCAUGCACACGCACACGGACAUUUGCGAUUGAUUUUCCCAUGAACUAUGACAAGGACUUAUUCAGCAUUCAGCGCCCUGUGAAGUAAGUUACUAUAGUUACCACAGACUCGUAUAGUAAACAUAUUAGUUGACGUGAAGAUCAUUUGCAUAAAAGUACAAUAAGGACGAGCUGCACGUGUGCAAAAUGGAUCUCAAUCCAAUCAGAGGUUUAUCUGAUGUCCCGUGAGAGUCAGCCUGGUGCUGCCCAUCCUGGUGCCAACCAUCCUGGUACCGCCAACUGUGGGUCUCUGACAUGGACCCCGCUCAUUCCUUUAGGAUGGAGAUGGACGGGCUGGACCUCCAGCAAGUCCCGGUGUUGUCGCUUGACCAGAUCCGUGCCAUCCGGACCCAAAACGACUACGUGGACCGGCCUGUGGCGCUGGAACUGGCGUCCCAGUCUGGAUUUUUCUAUGGCCACGACGAACGCCACCCGCAUGGAAUAUACUCGCAGCACCCUCAGCCGCCCCGCCACACUGCCCUGCCCCGCAGCCAAAGUCAGCAGCACACCCACAUCUCCCGUCUCAGCCGCUCUAGUACCGUGAGCUCCUCCAUGUCCCGGACCAGUGCCGGCUCUGACCAGAGGCUUCUAGCAGGCUUGACACCCUCGCACUCCGGCUUGGCUUCGGUGGUGCGCACCCAACCGAAAGGGGAGCUCAAGCACGAUGCUUCCCUGAGCAAAAUCCUGGCCGAGGACGAGCUGUGCCGGCACCAGUUCAUCUGCGAGCGCUGCGCCCGCUGCAAGUGCCACGAGUGCUGCACCCCGCGCCGACUGCCUUCCUGCUGGGCCUGUGGGCAGCGGUGCCUGUGCUCGGCUGAGAGCAUGGUGGAAUACGGCACCUGCCUGUGCUGCGUCAAAGGCCUCUUCUACCACUGCUCUGCGCAGGAUGACGAGGACAACUGCGCUGACCAGCCGUGCUCCUGCUCCCCGACCCAUGCCCUGGCCCGCUGGGGCACCUUGGGCCUCCUGGCUGUCUGCCUGCCCUGUCUCUGCUGCUACCCCCCUGCCCGGCUGUGCCUCGCCCUGUGCCGCUGCGCCCAUGACCGGGCCACGCGACCCGGCUGCAGGUGCAGCAACACCAACACUGUGUGUCGCAAGAUCUCCGCCUCUAACCCCAACCCGGGUCAUCCCUCUGUGAGCAAGGCUGUGGAGAAGUCGCUAUGACAGACCUGGAUUGGUGGCAACAAGACGCCAACCUUACUAGUGCUCACCUACCUUGUAUGCAUCCACCUGUUCUACAUCUCGGGAGGGACCAAAAGCUUCACUGUGCCUGUUCGCCUUGGAAACUACAAGCUCAACCUGAAGAAGAACUGAACUGAACUCGCCUUCCUUCUUCUGCCUAAUCGGGAUGUCUAAAACGUAUUUAUUUAUUAACAGACCGGCUACUGACACGUUGCGGUCAACACCCGGACCAGGGACUUGAUCAGGAACUCAUGGUUCUACCGCAACCAAUUACGGGAUAUAGACGCUUCCACUAAAGGUCUAAAGGCCAAGAAACCAAUGAUUUAAACAUGACGACAUUUGCAGCACAUCUGGAACAAUUUGACACUCACAAAAAAGGGACCACACACUGUCUGAAUUGAAUCUCAAUGCCCUUAAGCUCAUUUGUAUGAGGUGGACUCACAGUACUGCGCAAACGUUGUAGGCCACAGAGGCAGAUUGUAUUUGGGUUAGGUUGUAGGCAACUUUAUGGUUCCUGGAGGAUCAGACGGUAGAUUCUGGGACUUUUAACUAGAUCCUCUGCCAAAAGCAAUGGGUUCUACGUGCCACCCCCAGAAAAUCUCAUAGAAAUCGCUUCUAACUGAAUACGUCCUUGAGAGAAGUCACCGGUGGUAGCUUCAGACUUGUGCAAGUACAUUUGCAGCUCAUCUGGAGAACUUUAACACCCCUCAUAAAAGGGACCACACACUCUCUGAAUGAAAUCUCAAUGCCAUUUAGCCGAUUUAUACGAGGUGGACGCAAAAUACUGUGUAGAAGUCAUGAGCCAACAAGACAAAUCAUAUUUGAGUUAGCUUGCAGGCAACCUGCUUGCACCUGAAGGAUCAGAUGGUGGAUUCAGGGAAUUUGAAAUAUAUCUUCCACUAAAAUCUAAUGGGUUCUACGUGCCACCUCUCUAGGAAAUCUCAUAGAAAUGCCUUCUAACUAAAUCUGUCCUCAUACGAAGUCAUUGGUGGCAGCCUCACUUCUGUGCAGUACUUUUGCAGCACCUCUGGAACCCUUUGACACCCAAAAAAAAAGGACAGUACUGCGCUGAAGUUGUGGACCACCGAGGUGAUUUGUAUUUGGGUGAGCUCGUGGGCGACUUCCUGGUUCCUGGUUGUGGGACCUUACCCUCUCUUGAAAUGCUUGAAAUCUGUCUUUUUUUUAUAAAGUCACAGUCAUUGGUGGUGGCCUCAGACUUUUGCAUAGUACAUUUGCAGCACCCCUAAAACAUUUUGAUCCCACAAAGGGGGACCACACACUGUUUGAAUUCCAUUAAGCUCAUUUGUUUUAGAUGGAUGUACGGUACUGCGCAAAAGUCCCUGGCAACCUCCUGGUUCCUGAAGGACCAGAUGAUGGAUUCCGGGAAUGUACACAAACUUUUAAGAUCUUCCACCCAUAAAACAACGGGUUCCGUGCAUCACCCCUCUAAAAAAAAAUCUAAUAGAAAUGACAUAAUAUCUAAUGUCCAUCCUUGGUGGUAGCCUCAGACUUUUUGGACCACCUAGGUAUAAAUUGUAAUUGGGUUAGCUUGAAGGUGACUUCCUGGUUCCUGGGGGAUCAGAUGGUGGAUUCUGGGACCAUAUUCACACUUUUAACUAGAUCCUCCACCAAACACCAAUGGGUUUUAUGCACCACCCCUCUAGAAAAUCUCGUAGAAAUGCUUGGAAUCUGUUGUACAAAAUCACAGGCAUUGGUGUUGGCCUCAGACGUUUGCGCAGUACCGUACAAUGUUCUAAACGGUGGGUUAUUCAACAACCGGGUGGGCAUUUGUCCAUCCAGUCUGUCUGUGUGCGUGUGUGUGUAUGUGUGAAGAAAAAGAAGGAGUUGUCUUUUGUCUUAUUUUUAGCCUCGCUGCUUAAUGUUUGCACUGGUCCGGUCGGGUUUCUCGGUCUGUCGCCAAGCUCCCUGGUUGGGCCGCCGCCCAAACCCCGGUUCCCCUCGCAUCUCCUGCCUCCUCUCAUUCACCGGUUUAUCCUCCUAUCCCGCCGGCCGCGCCCGCCUCUCCUCUUACGCUGGCCGGUGGGCUAAAAGCCUCCCGUCGAGAGUUGAUCAGACGGGCAAUUAUCUCUGUGAUUGCUCUUAAUGGGCCAGAUGAGAACGCAGGACGGAGUUGCGGUGUUUUGGCGGACGGAGAAGAAGGCGGGACGGAGGGAAAAAAAGGAGGAGGCUCGGAUUUCCAGACGUGUGCAUGUGUGUGCAUGUUUUCAAGCGAACGUGCAUAUGUGAUUUUGGGAUACAUGGCAACAACACUGACGCGUUAAAACCUUCCUUUGCGAUUAUAUUUUUAUAUGCAGAUAUGAGCUAACGGUGUUGAAAUUAUUUUUUUUUACUGCGCUUCCAUGACAAUAGUUGUCAGUUCAGGAACUUUUGGGGCCAGGAAGAUCGACAAAAACAAUCAAAAAAUGAUGCACAAGGCUUUAGUAGGAUAGUGUACAAAAUGUCUUUCAGCAUAGAGGGCCAAAAACGUUAUAUUUUGUGGUAAAAAAAAAAAGAAAAAAUUAUAAUAAAUACAAGAGUUGAGAAAUCAUUUUAAAAGUAAAUAUUACAAUAAAAAAGUUGUAGUAUUACAAGAAUAAAGUUGUAAAAAAAUUGAAUGCUCCCAAAAUAAAGUGGUGAUAUUAUAAUUUUAAAAAAGUUGUAAUAUGACGAUUAAAAAGUUGCGAUGUUUUGGGAAUACAACUGUAACAUUAUGAAUAAAAAGGAUAAAAAAAUUAUGAGAAUAAAUUAUUAUAAUUCCGUGAAUGAUGUAAUACAUUUACAUAUAAUUCCGUGAAUGAUGUAAUACAUUUACAUGACAAAUGUAAUUUUACGAGAAUAACGCUUGCUUGCUUAUGUUUAUCCUUGUACUAUUCCGACGGUAUCGUAUUUAUUCUCGUAAUGUUUUGACUUCAUUUUUGUAAAAGUAUCAUAUUUUUCAUGUAAUUAAAAAAAACAAAUUCUGGUAAUGACACAACUUUAUUCUCGUAAUAUGACAACGUUUUAACGUAAUAUUUGAAAUGAUUAUUAUUAUUAUUUUUAGAUUCUGCUGUGGAUUUGCGGUGCAUUAUUUCCCCACAACAAAUCCUACUAAAUUCUUGCGAGACUAGACCAAAAAGUUAUGCAAAGUUGUCAAGGAGAUCGUUUUGAACUGUUACGUGACUGCUCAUGUUCGCGAAGAGCCUUUUAUUGGACUGAAAAUGAAACUUGAAUUUAUUCUUGGAUGUGCGCCGAGAGGUACGUGUUAUAUAUUUAUUUGUUUCACAUUGUAUGAAUCACACAGAUUACAUGAAGGGGCAUUUUUGUUGUUUAUUUUUGGUUUGCAUUGGUGGCUAACGUUAGCUUGCUGCCUCAACAGUGGGGAUGGGCAACCUUUUUCUAAUCAGGGGCCAUUUCAGCCCUCCAAGGGCUACAUAUAUGGAUACAAAUAGAAUAAAGUGAGUCAUAUUAUUAUGUAUUUUGAGAUUUUCUUUUUUUUUUUUAAAUAAGUUUCUUUGAUGUUCUUUUUUGCAUGGUGGGCUGGACCAGAUGCCCUUGUGGCUGCCUUAGGUUGCCCACCCCUCAUUCACACAGUAUAACUACUACACAAGCUUUUGGUGUUUGUUUGUUUGUUGUAGAGCAAU